AUGCCCAACAGUUUCAUGAGUAUAGGUACUUUGUCAUCAGAUCCUCAGACGGCGGCGGGUGAGGUGGAUGGGGUUAAUCUGGAGGAGAUCCGCGAAUUUGCCAAAGCUUUUAAAAUCCGGCGCCUGUCGCUCGGCCUGACCCAGACUCAGGUGGGACAGGCGCUCAGCGCCACGGAGGGCCCCGCGUACAGCCAGUCGGCCAUCUGCAGACACACCAUCCUGAGAAGCCACUUUUUCCUACCACAGGAAGCCCAAGAGAACACUAUAGCUAGCGGUCUGACAGCCAAACUGAACCCUGGCCUUUUGUAUCCUGCCAGGUUUGAAAAGCUGGACAUCACCCCUAAAAGUGCCCAGAAGAUCAAGCCGGUGCUUGAGCGGUGGAUGGCUGAGGCUGAGGCCCGCCACCGAGCAGGCAUGCAGAACCUGAGCGAGUUUAUUGGGAGUGAGCCCUCCAAAAAGCGCAAGCGGCGCACCUCCUUCACGCCCCAGGCCCUGGAGAUGCUCAAUGCGCACUUUGAGAAGAACACGCACCCCUCGGGCCAGGAGAUGACCGAGAUCGCCGAGAAGCUCAGCUACGACCGCGAGGUGGUCCGCGUGUGGUUCUGCAACAAGCGGCAGGCGCUGAAGAACACCAUCAAGCGCCUGAAGCAGCAGGAGCCGGCCGCGCCCCCCGAGCCCCUGGCCGACACGCUGGAGGGCGCCCCGUAGGCGCCCGGGCCCGCCCGCUGGACGCCGCCCGGCCGCCCCCUGGGGGAGGGCCGCGGGCACGGGGCUCCGGGGAGCCGCCCCCCAGCAACGCCGCAGGCCCCCGCGCUGCAGGAGCGCCCGCCCGCUGCGCCCCAAAGCCAGUUUUCUAACGGACUUUACAGCAAACCAAAUGACUACACACUCUUUUUCUGUACAUUACGAAAAUGUGAACGCACCUGACGGGAAAAAGGAAAAAACUAAACCAAACCAAACCAAAAAAAAAAAGUCCAGAAACAACGGCUAACGCUCUGUUCAAACGGUCCGCGAGCGCCCCCUGCGGGCGGGCCUGCGCCGCGCAGCGGCCGACCCGCUCGAACUUCGAACCAAAGUCGGAAACGCCCAUUGUCUGCGCGGCUGGUGUCGCCGCGGUUUGACAGGUGCAGAUCAGACGAAUCCUGAUUGCUCCCAUCCUUCCCAUCUCCAGCCACCGCCGGCAGGUGCCACUGCUGAAUCCAUCCUGCGAGGCUCACUUGGCUUUUCACUGGGGCGGGAAGAGUCCGUUUUCUUGCCUUCUUUUCUUUCUUCCUUUUUUCUUUCUCUGUCCUCUGUUUUUACUUGUUUUGCUUGCGUCUGAGGAAGAGCAUCCUGGGUCCUGUGCCAACGCACUCAUUGCUUUCUUCUCACUAUGACUAAGUGGGUUUGAGAAAAGAAAAUGGAGCUCGCAUUUCUCUUUUUCUCCCUAUUUCUCCUUCUCCCUCUGGAGUCUGCUGGAUUGCCCGAGUGGGAAUCGUGUAUUUUCCAUUCAGAUCCCAGGGAAAUGCAGGAGAGACUCUAAAAUGACUAGGAUUUGUUCAAUGAACUGUCGACACUGGCGUAAACUGUAGUUGUGCUCACCAUUCACACCGGAGCUCGGCAUUUUCCUCAGUCUGUUGGCCACAUACACGGAGAGCUAACCAAAACUAAUUUUGUAAUAUAAACAUAAGCUGCACAUUUGGUUCAAUACUUACAUCUAUGUUAUGCUUCUGUGCAAAGCAAUUUCAGAAGUCUGAUAGCCAAAGAAAUGUCUCAAGAUUUCAGUCAAAAUACACACAUUGCAUGCACACUCAUAUCCACACACACAAAACAGGCCUAAAAGAACAGGAGAGUGACUGGAUCAUUAAAAGCCAUUGUGUAGCCUGGGGGGGAAAUCCCAUCUUUUCUGCUACUACUGUCAUUCCAUCAGCAAUGGCAGACCUUUAUUUUCAAGUUGGAGGGCACAACAUUGAUCUUGGGAUUUGAGGAUGGAACAGCAAGUUGGCAGACAAAUUUAAGCAACUGGAAUUGGGGUCUGGGUUCUUGAGGAAAAAGAAAGGUUUAAUAACCAAGUGCCUAGAUUAGAAGGAAAAUGACGGAAGGGGCAUAUCCAACACAUCAGAACAGCCUUCAUUACUAGAACUAAGGGACUAUUCCAUUUUUCAAAGGAACUCACUCCAAGUAAUAGAGGGCAAAAUAAAUGAAAAAGCCUGAAAGGAAGGAAAAAGCGAGCAUUACGAAGGGAUGCAGAUGGCCACUUGGACUUAAGUGAUGUUUCCACAGUGAUAGGCAAAAAGUGUUAAAGGGGCAGGGAAAAGCCAUAAAUUUACCUGCUGUUAACAUGUAAAUACUGAAGACUUAAUAAAUCAGCACUCUCCAGUACUAUCUACAAAUGAAUCAUGAAUGAAAAAAACAGAGAAGCCCCACCUCAAGUUACCCAACCUAUUAGGAAUGCUUUCUUCACCCCAAAUUCCCUCCACUGUGGAGAUUGUGUUUCUUCUGCUGCUGGCCCCCUGGCUGGUUGUAUGAAUGCAAUGGUGUAACUGCUCCCCACCUAUCCUCCCACCCUUCUGGGACUGCUCCUAGGGCAAUCAGAUGACUAGCCAAGAAACUCUGAAAGAAUUCCUGGAAGAGGAACCAAUGGCUUGUAGAAGCGUUUCUAGUUCACCAAUCCGUUGCUAAUUGGAACCUAGCUGACUUGAUCUUCACCACCAGGAACUCACAGUAAUCAUUUCACCACCUCAAAAACUGCACAAGUACCACCAAUCCAGAAAACUGAAGAUGUAUUGAUAAAUAGAUUUUGUAUCUCCCAGAACCUGCUUAAAAUUUCAUUGGCAAAUCUUCCCUAGAAAAGAAGUGAACAGGUUAACAUACGAUGAAUGCUAGAUGGUUAAACAGAUGCCAGGUACUGCGGCAAAAGUAGUGUGCGUUCAGAGAUCUAUAAUUGGGAGGAAAUCGCUAGUGUCACUAGUGAAAAUACAAUAUGGAAAUAAUCUUCCAGAGUGGAAUAAAAGAGAUGGAAUAUUCAUCCCACAGUCGUGAAACCAUUCAUGUGCAGUGAUUUUUUUUAUAGUUUUAUAAUUUUGUAUUGUUUUAUAAAUUAUUUAUAAGGUGUUGUAAUGCUUCUUUAUUAAUUUUUUACAGAUAAAUUUUUUGCUACAAGGCAUAAAUAAGGUGCCUGAACAGAUUCUUAGGAACAUAAAUUAUACUGUGUAACUUGUAAGUCUUCCGGACCACACAUAUUGCUUACUUUUAUUAUGACAUUUCUUAUUUCUACCUGUGAACAACUUCAUAUUUCAAUAGCAUUUAAGUGUCUCUUGUGUUUCUAUGAAAUUAAGGUUAAAGUUGCCACAAACAAAAAAUAAAAGCCACUUCGGGCACAUGUGAUUGUAUCUCAAGCUUCAAUAUUUUUCAUACAUUUUAAAAAAUUAUUGUCUUCUCAUUUUUUCCAUGGCACAAAGAAAAGCAACUGAUGUUAUAUUUUACACUUGUUUGUGAGGAGGGUUUUCAACCAAAACAAAACAAAAAACAAACAAAAAAAAGACAGAAAGAGAAGGUUUUGAACAUUUGCAAAUAUUAAUUGCGUAACAAGAUUUUGAUUUCUUUAUGUUGUAAUCACACCAUACAUACGCACUCUCUCUCUCUCUCUCUCUCUCUCUCUCUCACACACACACACACACACACACACACACACACACAUACAUCUGCAAAAGAGAACAAAAACAAAAGGAGCUAGGAAAAAACCAAGUAGAGGUAUAUCAAAGAACUCAAGCUAUGACCAAAAAGAAAUUGUAAAAUGCCUUUCCCAUCUUCUCUAUGCUGGACCAAAGCUCAAUAUUUGUAGGUAUAUGCACAUUGUAUAGAUAUGGCUAGUUGUUGCUGACAAUCUCGCAAUACUAAACUGUUACUAUUUUAAGAAGAAAAAAAAGAAAUACAAACUGUUUAUCAGUGUUUUACCUCAGCACUCUACUUGUACCCAGCUAAUGACCAAGCUUAAAAAAAAAUGGAGUAAAAGGAAAUCGAUUAUCAUUUCAAUGUGUGACUGUAAAAUCUGUUUGGAUAACAUUUUGUAAUGAGCUUUCUGUCCUGUGAUUUGCUCAUCUUCAACUUGGAAUUAUGUGAGGCACAUCGUUUCUUUGUUGUUAAGGAAGUGAUUUACUUUGUCUUAUGUGCUGUGAUCUAGACUGGUCAUCAGGGUCCACUGAGGAGGCAUCGAAGAGAUAGCUGCUUCUCCAAGCCUGGAGCAGGCAGCGAAAGGAGGGCAGGGAAACAGACUGGGUUGUUUUGAAUACAAAAUCAUCACGAUGAGAAGUUGACAUGAUGGACUUGGGACCAAGAAGCCAAACCAGAUAUUUAAAAGCUCCUUACUUGCUCUGACACUGAAACCAAAGGUGAUUUAUCUGCACAGGUUGCUUACUGUUUAAAAGAAAAAAAAAACUGACAAAACUGUACUUAAUCUAGAGCAAUAUCUGUAUGGUCAGUAAAGCUGCACUUUGUGUAUUUCUUAACAGCUUCAGAUCUGUCACUUUUAAUUUGUACCAUAAAAAUAAAGAAUUGUUUG